AUGCGCGGGUUGGCCCUCAUCUCCUCCAUCGGGAAGAGCCGCGGAGAGGACACGAUGUCGUCCAUGGCGCUCAAGAUGAGCGUGGGUACCGAGAGGGCGGAGGAGGCGGAGAUGCCAGCGCUGCCCGCGGUAGACGUCGCGGACCGGCUCAACAAGCAGGCGAGCCGCGUCAUCGCGCAGGUGGGCAGCAGCUCUGCGGCGGUGCGACGGAUCAAGAAGCAGUGGAGCAUCUUCGAGACUCAGGUGAGCAGCAUCUUCAGCGAGGUAUGGGAACUGCCAGUGAAGUAUGCAGGAGACGAGUGGGGCAUCAAGAUAGAUGGAAUCAGCUUCGGAAGAUGUGCGUGCAAUGAGCAUAUCAAGACUGAGGCUAUUGUUGGUCGCCAGCUCAUCUGGGACUGCACCAAGCAAGACAAAUACAUCACGAAGGACUUGAAUCCUAACAUCAAGGUGUUGGAUCUCAUGAUAAUAAAUCGAAGCAUGGAACACGUCAACGCUUGCAGCAAUUUGUUCUACUGCUUCGAGGCCUUGACAGACGACGACGAGGGCCACUAUCUUCCGAACGAGAUGAACUACCAGUACGGGAACAAGGUGGUCAACAACCUCCUCCUGGAUCUCCACUGGCUCGAGCAAUCCGGGUACAUCGGCAGGGACCACAACACGACAGCAUAA